CAGUCCUAUUCUUUGUUGAGCUGUAAUACCUCUAAGCUUGAGUAGUUUUAUCGAGGUCUUAACACUUUUUUAAAUUAUUCAUUAAAUUAAUAAAAUUAAUUCAAACAAAGCAUUAAUUUUAUUUUGAAAAAGAAAACGCAAAUAAAAAGUGCAUUAUUUUUUCUACGGUCAAAAUGUGAGAAGAUAUUCGAGACUUUGUGAACAGAGAGGAUCAGAGGGAAAAAAGUAAAGGAAAAAAGAUAGGCAAUGGCAAUGGCAAUGGCAAUGGCAAUGGCAGCAACUGAAGCUGAAGCUGAAGCUGAAGCUGAAGCAGAGCAGAGCAGAGUUCCAGUCUAAGCGCGUCUAUGUAUUUUCCCGAGACACCCAUUUCUCUCGCUAUAUAAAAACAAUAUACUACAUAUUCUUGUGUAAUUUGUACAUAUUUUUUAAUGGGGGAGUAUGAGGUUUAAAAAUUUUCUAUUAUAUAUAAAAAAGUACAGAUCUUUCUAACUUUGACUGAAGAUUGAAAGAAAGAGAAGGCAACCAAAGCCAACACUUUCGGCGCUCCUUCUUUCUUCCCUUUGGCUUUGCUUUGCUUGCGUCUCCAUCUUUCUUCUUCCUUGUUUUGCUCUCCAAAAUCUCUCUUUUAAAAUUCCAAUUUUUAUUGUUUAUUUAUAAUUUUCACACUUGAACAAAGUUUCAAAACAUUUUUUUAUUAUUACCACUAAUAAAAUAACAUAUCCGUAGUUGGCCUCAAAAGAAAAACUCUUUCACUCUCUGUUUUCUUGCCCCAAUUGUACGAAUCUAAAGCUAACCCUUUUAGUCUAUCAACCUUACCAGACCCUUCUUCUUGUUAUUAGGCAGAUUUUCUCAUGUUUGUAGUAAAAGAAACUUUCUUGCCAUUUUGUGGACUAUUGCUAGAAAGCUUAUGAAGUUGUUUUAAGAAAUUUCAUGGAUUCUUACGAAAGGAUCUCUUGUAGGAGGAGACGACUGUAAUCAUUGUUGCCUUAAAAUUCAUUAUUAGUGAAUACUGUUGGAGGCAAGGGCACAUAAGAUGCCUUUUGGUGCUUAAUUUUAUGCAUCUUCUAUGCUGAUUACUGUUCUAGAGAAUAUGGGUUUAUUAUGCAGUAAAAAUCAUCGUUACACUGAAGCAGAUGCCGAGGAAAAUGCACAGGCUGCAGAAAUUGACAGGAGAAUCGAACAAGAGCGAAAAGCUGAAAAGCAUAUCCAAAAACUUCUACUACUUGGUGCUGGUGAAUCUGGGAAGUCAACAAUUUUUAAGCAGAUAAAGCUUCUGUUUCAAACUGGCUUUGACGAGGACGAGCUAAAGAGCUAUAUCUCUGUCAUCCAUGCAAACAUCUAUCAGACUAUAAAAAUACUGUAUGAUGGAUCAAAGGAAUUUGCUCAAAAUGAUGCAGAUUCUUCCAAAUAUGUUUUAUCCAGCGAAAUUAAGGUUAUUGGAGAGAAACUAUCAGAAAUCGGAAGCAGGUUGGACUAUCCACGUCUAAAUAGAGAACUUGCACAGGAGAUAGAAACUCUCUGGAAAGAUUCUGCAAUUCAGGAAACCUAUGCUCGUGGUAAUGAACUUCAAGUUCCCGAUUGUACUCAUUAUUUCAUGGAAAAUUUGCAAAGAUUGUCUGAUGCAAAUUAUAUUCCCACAAAGGAGGAUGUUCUAUAUGCAAGAGUUCGUACAACUGGUGUUGUUGAAAUUCAGUUCAGCCCCAUGGGGGAGAAUAAGAAAAGUGGUGAAGUAUACAGACUCUUUGAUGUGGGAGGCCAGAGAAAUGAGAGAAGGAAAUGGAUCCAUCUUUUUGAAGGUGUUACGGCUGUGAUAUUUUGUGCUGCUAUUAGCGAGUAUGAUCAAACUCUUUUCGAGGACGAACAGAAGAAUCGGAUGGUGGAGACAAAAGAACUCUUUGAUUGGGUCUUAAAGCAACCAUGCUUUGAGAAAACAUCCUUCAUGCUGUUCCUCAACAAAUUCGACAUAUUCGAAAACAAGGUUCUAAAGGUUCCUCUAAAUGUAUGCGAGUGGUUCAAAGAUUACCAGCCAGUUUCAACCGGAAAACAAGAGAUCGAGCAUGCAUAUGAGUUCGUAAAGAAGAAAUUUGAGGAGCUGUAUUUUCAAAGCACAGCCCCUGAUAGAGUUGACCGAGUCUUUAAGAUAUAUAGAACCACUGCCCUUGACCAGAAGCUUGUGAAGAAAACUUUCAAGCUCGUUGAUGAGUCUUUGAGACGGAGAAAUCUGUUCGAGGCUGGGUUGUUGUGAACGAGAUCACAAAACCCUAAUUGCAAAGACUUGUUCAUAAUAUGAAGAAUGUGAUCAUCACACCAUCUUGGAUGUUUUUGAAAUGCUGGCAUAUCAUAUCAUAUCAUAUUUUCAUCACAGGCUAAAAGUUUUGAUUUCCCCAUAUUGUUGAUCAAAUUUUUUUUUUGUUAAAAAUCUUCUCUAAAAUCCCCAUGAUUCUAGGGACUCUGAUUUGUUCAGGGUAAAACAUUCCCCAGAGGAAUUUGUUUUUCUUGUUUGUUUGUUUUGUCUUUCAGGGUUUUUUUUUGGGGGGGGGGGGGUAUCGGAUCAGACAUAUGAAGGAACAAUGAACAUGAAAAGACAUUCUUUAUUUCCUAGUAAUACAACACAUUGUUUAUAAUA